AUGCGGUUUCAGUUCGAGGGGCCUGCAUUUUGCUGUAGAAAAGGAAGAGUCGGUGUGUUCAUUCCGGAAGUUCCAGAGGAGUUGAAACGUUUGUGGACAAGUCAGGAAGAUGAGGAUGCUAAAUAUUUCAGAAAGAAUAUCCGCUAUUUCAACUCCCACUUCUCAUUUACAAGUCUUGGGGUUACACUUGACCGCCAAGUUAGCACUGCGAAAGGAACUGGCAACUAUACAUUUCGGGCACAUGGCAUAUUGUACUACAAAAUGGAUGAUCUGGUACCGGGUGAGAAUGGGCCACGACACCUGCAGCUUUAUAUUUACGAUAGCGAUGAAUCCUUGUCUCAUAGGGUCCAGAGGUCUCCUGAUCUUAAUGUAGAUCUCAUUCGGAAAAUCCUGAAAAUACUUGAGAACAAUCCUUAUGUGCAGACUUUCAAGAGUGUUGGGUCAUUUUCGAAUCUAGAUGAGUACAGAAUUGAGCUCAACACAAAUAUAACCCUGGACCAGCGUCGGUACAAUGCCCCCACGGCAUCUGAAGUGGCUGCGAUAUGGGUUGAAGGAAACGACCCGAUGAACUGCUUCGAUAGGAGUGUUGUCGUGCAUGGAAAAGGAGGUGAUCCCUUGUAUAUUAGAGCUUACUAUGGGUGCUAUGAUCCCUUGGCAUAUCCAUUAUUUUUUCCGGGUGGGGAGACCGGCUGGAAUCGUAAGAUGCCAUAUCUUGAGCCUCCUCAGGAUUUAGCGGACAAUUCUGAUUUAGCAACAGCUCCAGUUGGUACGUCUACACGACAAGAAGUCCAGUCAAGUGAUUUACCCGGACAAGAUGAAGACCAAGCCAGUGAUUUACCUAGACGAGAUGAAAACCAUACUAAUGAUUUACCUGGACAAGAUGAAGAACAUGCUACUGAGGCACCUGGACAAGAUGAAGAACAUGCUACUGAGGCACCUAGACAAGAUGAAGAACAAGCUACCGAUCCAACAGAUGAUGUCAAUGGCAACCAAUAUGAUGAUCUUAUCGACCUAGCACAGUCCAGUAAAUUCGUUAGCGCGAGGGAGUACUAUUGUUUCAAGUUGCAAAUCCGGAAGGGGCUCUUUAACAUCAUCUUGUUCGGGGGGCGCCUCUUCCAACAAUGGGCUGUUGAUAUGUACAUCAAGAUAGAAACUAUGCGGCUUGACUGGUACUCGAAGCCGAGCAAUCAAAAGACUAUACGAGCUGACCUCUACCAGGGUCUGGUUGACACCAUUGAUGCUGGCGAGGCACGUGGGGAUCGGAUUGGCAAAAGAAUUGUGCUCCCAUGUACUUUUCCAGGCGGUGACAGAGACAUGCAGAGGAGGUUCCUUGAUGCUAUGGCUAUAGUCCAACGUUGGGAAAUAACAGAGAAACUAUUGCCCGGUCAGCUGCCACAAGAUCGUCCAGAUCUGGUGGCAAGAGUUUACAAGGCUAAGCAGCGAGAUAUGAUGGAUUUGUUGAUCAAGGGUAAGCAUUUUGGAGCAGUCGCAGCUUACGUACAUGUGACCGAGUUUCAGAAAAGAGGUUUGCCGCAUGAGCAUAUCCUUCUUAUUAUGAAAUCGGAUAGCAAGUUAAAAACCCCAGAUGACUAUGAUCGGGUGAUAUCUGCUGAGAUACCAGACAAAGAGAAGUUCCCUGUUCUACAUGAUCUGCAAGGAAAAGAUUCAUAUCCCAUCUACAGAAGGAGGGACGAUGGGUGUGUAGUUAAGAUCAGAGGAGCAGAAUUGGACAAUAGAUGGGUGGUCCCUUACAACCCUUUUCUUCUCAUGCGAUACAACUGCCACAUUAAUGUUGAAGCUUGCUCGAGCAUCAAGGCGGUCAAGUAUUUGUUCAAGUACAUCUACAAAGGACAUGAUAGAACAUCAUUUGCAUUCGAGAAGGAUGUCAUCAAUGCCGGGGGAAUCAUCAAUGAAAUUCGUCAGUAUAGGGAUGCACGCUAUAUAUCUCCUCCAGAGGCUAUUUAUAGGAUUUUCUGUUUUCACAUGUUUGGUGUUAGUCCGUCUGUUCUGCAACUCCAGCUUCAUUUGGAGAACAUGCAUACUGUUGCCUUCAAAGCAUGUGAUAAUUUGGAGGAUGUUGUUGCUAAACCAUCGUCUUCUAAAUCCAUGCUUACUGAGUACUUUGAUAUGAACCAUAAGUAUGCAGAGGCACGGAAAUGGCUUUAUAGAGAGUUUCCAGAACACUAUAGGUGGAUUAACGGAGAUAAGAAGUGGCAGAAGAGAAAAAAUAAGAGAUCACAGAUCGGACGACUGGUGUAUGCACACCCGGCCGAAGGAGAGAGGUACUACUUGCGGGUGCUCCUAAGUCAUGUGCGAGGUGCCACUUCGUUUGAUGACUUAAAAACAGUAAAUGGCAAGUUGUGUGGUUCCUUCAGAGAGGCGUGUGAGCACUUAGGCCUCAUUGAGCACGACAAGUCCAUUGAUGAUUGCAUGACGGAGGCAGCCAGAUUUCAGAUGCCUUAUGCUCUUAGACGGUUGUUUGCAACUAUACUGGUAUUCUGCGAGGCAACAGAAAUCCGACAACUGUGGGACAAACAUCUAGCAUCGAUGUCUGAGGAUUACCGCCGCAAUCAAUCCAAUGAGGCGACACUUGAGCAGAUGGUCCUUAGAGAUAUCAGGGAUCUUGUGCAAUCUAUGGGAAAGGAUAUUAAAAGCUAUGGAUUUCCGGAUCUGGUUGAGACAGACGGUUCUUCUGACGCUGAUUAUAGAGAGGUAUAUGAGGAGAGACAACUCACCGCAGACCAAGAACAUCUAGAUCUAAUUGAACGUUUAAAUAGUGAGCAGCUAGCUGGUUUCAAUGACAUAUUGGAUCAUGUGAGGAACCAAAAAGGCCAGAUAUUUUUUGUUGAUGGUCCAGGAGGCACUGGGAAGACGUACUUGUACAAGGCUUUGCUUGCGAAGGUGCGUGACAUGGGCCUAAUAGCAAUUGCAACUGCUACAUCAGGUAUAGCUGCGUCAAUAAUGCCUGGAAGCCGAACUGCACACUCCAGGUUUAAAAUUCCAAUCAAGCUCACUGACUACAGCAUGUGUGGUUUCACAAAGCAGAGUGGUACAGCGGAGUUGCUUAAACAAGCGUCCUUGAUAAUUUGGGACGAAGUCGCUAUGACAAAGCGUCAAGCUGUUGAGACGCUUGAUAGAUCACUCCAAGAUAUAAUGGGAUGUCCUUUGCCAUUUGGGGGGAAGGUUGUUGUCUUUGGUGGGGAUUUUAGGCAGGUCCUUCCUGUUGUCACACGAGGGACAAGAGCACAGAUCACCGAUGCAACACUGCUGAAAUCCUAUCUGUGGGAGAAGAUCCGCAAGAUUCGCCUCACACGCAAUAUGCGUGCACAGACCGACCCUUGGUUUUCUGAAUACCUCCUAAGGAUCGGCAGUGGAACAGAAGAGACAAUUAGCGACGACUAUGUGCGUCUCCCAGAUGACAUUGUGAUCGGCUAUACUGAGGAUGGGAAAGCAAUUAACAAACUCAUCGAAGAUGUCUUCCCAUCACUGCACGCCAAUGCUACCUCAAGGGAGUACAUGAGCACACGUGCAAUUCUUUCAACCAAGAAUGAGCAUGUGGAUGACCUCAAUGACAAAAUGAUCUCCAGGUUUCCAGGCGAGGAAAAGGUAUACCAUAGCUUCGACUCAAUCGAGGAUGACUUGCAGAAUAAUUACACGAUUGACUUUUUAAACUCGAUCACACCAAAUGGCUUGCCCCCGCAUACCUUGAAGGUAAAGGUCAACUGCCCGGUCAUUCUGCUACGUAACCUAGACCCUCAUAAUGGCUUGUGCAAUGGAACACGGCUCAUGAUCAGAGCCUUCCAGGAUAAUGCAAUUGACGCAGAGAUUGUUGGUGGUCAGCAUGCUGGAAAGAGGGUGUUCAUACCUAGGAUCCCUAUGUCGCCCUCGGAGGAUACCUCACUUCCCUUCAAGUUUAAGAGAAAACAGUUCCCGAUCCGCAUGAGUUUUGCGAUGACUAUUAACAAGGCACAGGGUCAGACCAUCCCGAACGUCGGUAUUUACCUUCCCGAGCCCGUGUUCUCCCAUGGUCAGUUGUAUGUUGCAUUGUCAAGGGGCGUCUCAAGGCAGACGACACGAAUUUUGGCCAAACCGAACAAGGAGGUUGAUAAAUCUGGGAGAAGCACCAAGAACAUUGUUUAUAGAGAUGUGUUGGAGGGAUGA